CCACUGACCCUAGUCAUGAGUCAUGGAUGACAAAUUGACAAUCCACUCCACCCACCUAAUCUACCACCACCAUCAUCAUUCAUCAUGCUCCCAGAAAACACCCCUUCUUCUUCUUCUUCCUGUCUCCUUCACUCAAACCUCUGGUUUUACCUAUGGAUUCCAUUACUAACUUCAUCACUUUCCAAAAGAAUAACUCUUGCAGAAGCACACAAUAUCAAUACCAAUUCAAUCAUGCUUCCUAUUGAACUAGAUUUGUCAUCUCCUUCAUCAUCUUAUCACCAUCAUUUUCUCUCUCCUCCAUCUCCAUCUCCACGUUGCUCUGCUCCUGAUUCCACCCUCAAUUUCCGUCCUGUUAUCGGAAUUCUCAGCCAUCCUGGAGAUGGCGCCUCUGGUAGGCUUAAAAAUGGGACCAAUGUCUCUUACAUUGCUUCUUCUUAUGUCAAGUUUGUUGAAUCUGCUGGGGCUAGAGUUAUUCCUCUCAUCUAUACUGACCCACUUCAUAUUCUUUUAGAUAAAUUGGAGUUGGUGAAUGGGGUGCUUUUUACUGGUGGGUGGGCAAAGAGGGGUUUGUACUUUGAGGUUGUGCGGGAGAUAUUCAAGAGAGUGUUGGAGAAGAAUGACGCAGGGCAGUUCUUUCCUUGCUAUGCCAUCUGCCUGGGGUUUGAGCUUCUUACAAUGAUCAUCAGUAAGGACAACAAUAUCCUUGAAAGUUUCAGUGCAAGUUAUCAGCCAUCUACUCUUCAAUUUGUCAAGAACAUCAACAUUAAUGGAACUGUUUUCCAGAGGUUUCCUCCUGAGUUGUUGAGGAAGUUGAAUACAGAUUGCCUUGUAAUGCAAAACCAUAAAUAUGGUUUAUCACCUGAAACACUUCAAGGGAAUCAACGCCUGUCAAGUUUCUUUAACAUUUUAACAACUAGCACAGACAGAGAUGAUAAGGUAUAUGUCUCAACUGUACAAGCUCAGCACUACCCUAUCACGGCUUUCCAGUGGCAUCCAGAGAAAAAUGCUUUUGAAUGGGGCUAUGCAAUGAUUCCACAUUCAGAAGAUGCGAUUCAAGUCACCCAGCAUGUUGCGAACUCUUUUAUCAGACAAUACUUGCAGAAUGUGAUAAAGGAAUGCUUGCCUGAACCUAACUAGUAGUCUAUUCAUGCUCUAGAUCUAAUAGCAUCCUGGUACGUGAAUAUGGACCGUGUUCUCAGUUUCAAGCGAUAUGUUUUACAUAAUUCAAUGAACUUAAAUUUUCAUAUUCAUAUAUAUUUAUUUUCAUUUGUCAUACGUCAUGCAUAGGAGUGUUAUUGAGCUGAGCCGAGAUUGAAACAUAUGUAAGCUUUGCUCGAGCUUGAAUAGUGUGUUGAUCAGUUCGAUGUGAGCUCAAAGCUCAUCGAGGUUGAAAAGAUGAGCUUAGCUUAAAUUGGCUAGAGUAACCCAAAGCUCAACUCAAUUUGUAUAUCUUGAGUUAGGUAAAAUUUUCAGUAGCCUGUAUUUUCUUUUGCAGAGAGCACUGCUUUAUGUUUUGUUUGCUAACCAAUGUGAAACAGUUCUGAAAAAACAGCUUUUAUUCUCUUUCAUGAAGAACAUAGGCUUUGUAUUUUGUUUACUAACCAAUGUGAAAAUUCUUGUUUAAAGCAUCAUUCCUCUUUUGUAGAAAAUAUGAUGAAAUUUUUGUUUCUUAACCAAUGUGGAACAACUUAAAUUAAUAGCCAUCAAAUAUCAAUCUCUUCUAUAGAUUUGCAUGGGCUCUAUUUUCAUCCUCUAAAUCAGUGUGGAAUUAUUUGAAGAGUGCCUAAUACUCUCCUUCCUUUCUCUUUUAUUGAUAAAAGAAGCUACUCGCUUGCUUUCUUAAACAAUGUGAGACAGUUUCUUUUUAUUUUGUCUACUAUGUUCAAUUAGAUUCGUUAACGGACCAUCCGCUGGAAAGGAUGUUCUGUUUUAGAUUCGAUUACUUUGUUGACUUGGCAUUGCGUGCUGGAUGGGAUGCCCUGUGUUAUAUUCAAUCAUCCUUCCCAAUGAGGGCAAUGACCCAAUCAUAUGAAUAUAUCUGGUCAUGUAUUGUUUGCCGGCCAACUGCUGCACUGUCAGACUUCACCAAAUUUC